AUGCCCUCCGCCAGCCGCGCCGUUAGACUUUUACGAGAAGCGCAGGGGACAGAGAGGUAUUACUGCGACUACCAGGACUGCAGUCGCUGCAUCAACCCUUUCUUUGGCAAGGAUCACUUCCGUGACCACCUCCGGAUCUACCACAGAGAGGAUGUUCUCCGCCGCCCGGGCGGGCGCGGUGGUGAUAGGACCUGGUGGAAGACCCGCGCGCCGUGUGUCAUGCUUGGCGGUUGGUGGCGAUGCAGCUGGUGUCUUGUCCGGGUCGAGCAGGCGCGUCACCAGUUUGUCUGUCACGCGUGCGGGCGCGCUUGCGAGACGGAGCGGAAAUAG